CUCCUCGCGAUGCUCGCGGUCCAGCAGCUGGCCGUGCGGGCCGACAUCGCAUGCUCCGACGUGCUCAACGACCUGUCCCCGUGCCUCGGCUUCCUGCAGGGCGACGAGGACCGCCCCUCCGGCGCCUGCUGCGCCGGCGUGGCCACCCUCUACGCGGCCGCGGACACCAAGGCCGAGAGGCAGGCCACGUGCGAGUGCCUCAAGGCGGCCUACCGCCAGGUCAACGCCAACAUCUCCGCCGCGCGGGAACUGCCGGGCGACUGCGGCCUCUCGCUGCCCUACAUCAUCUCCCCGGACAUCGACUGCACCAAGUGA